AUGGCUCAGGCUCCAUAUGUGAAACUUGGGGCUGGAGCUGGGGAGCGAUGCCCCAGACUGAUGGCACGGGUGCCUAUCAUUUCUUGGUUGUCCACCUAUAAGGCCAAGUACUUCCUCACCGACCUGUCAGCCGGUGUGAGUUUGGGCACCAUGUGCUUGGCCCAGACUAUGGCACAUGCAACCAUUGCGACCACGGAACCCAUUCAAGGCCCCCAUUGUGCUCUAUUGCCACCUUUGAUCUAUGCAUGUCUUGGCACAUCGCGACAUGGCUCCGUCUCUUCUGGCGCCAUGGCUGCGAUGAUCUUGGCCAACGUGUUGCAGCCCUUCCCAGAGCAACGAGAUCGGACACAGCUUGCCUCACUGCUGGCACUGGUGGCAGGGGUCAGUCAGAUUCUGAUGGGUAUUUUCGACCUGGCUUCUGCCGUACGCUUCUUGUCUCAACCAACGUUGAGUGGCUUCGUGACUGGUGGAGCGGUGCUGAUCAUCGUGUCACAACUCAGAAGUUUCUUCGGCUACACACACUUCCCACAUGCACCAGGUCCGUUUCAAAAGAUUUGGGCUUGCAUGAAUCAGCUGCACGAAGCAAAUUGGACCAACGUUUCUCUCUGCACAAUCCUAAUCUUACUGGUGGUGAUUUGCAAGCGAAUCAAGGCCAUCGCCAAAAGAAAACAGGGCUCCAGUUUCUGGAAACUCCUCCAAAACAUAGCACAGGUGAAGGAAAUUUUGGUAGUGAUCCUGGGGCUUCUCUUUGUGAAAGUGACCAAAAAGGAGGAUGGCUCCACCAGCGUGCCGGUGGUUGGUCCGAUACCCCAGGGCUUGCCGCCCUUUCAACUUCCCUGGCAACAAGAGGCAACCCGAAAGUUGUUGGAAAGACCCAGUGAUGUCCUGCACAACUUCCUCCUCAGUGGUGUCAUUGUAGCAUUUUCCACCUUCCUCACCUCCUACUCCAGUUUCAAAAAGCAGGCCCUGGUGUGUGAUUACAACCUCGAUGCACGACAAGAACUUUAUGCCCUUGGAGCAGCUGGUGUUUUGGGAUCAUUUUUUGGAGCUUUCCCCCCCAGUGGCUCUCUGAGUCGAACCGGUUUGGCGGUGCAGCUGGGGGUGAAGUCCCAGAUCUGCGGCAUUUGCACCGCUGCCACGGUGGCAGCAGGGCUGAUCUUCCUGGCUCCAGCCCUGGAGGAUUUGCCAAAGGCAUCCCUUGCAGCCAUUGUGAUGGUCUCUGCUGAGGGGCUCAUGGAUUUUCAAAUGCCCAAAAAACUAUGGCAAAGUGCACCACAAAGUUUUCGAAGUAGCUUCCGAAAGGACCUUUUGGUUUGGAUGGUGGGAUUUUUGUGCACCAUUCUGGCGGGAGCGCUCUAUGGAAUCGUGCUGUCGGUCUUGGUGGCCAUCGCGCAAGUGGUGGCAGAAGCUGCCACCCCCAAGGCCGUAACGCUUGGGGAGGUGCCAAGGCUCAAACAGUGGCAUGAUGUGGAGGUUUGGCCAGAAGCAGCUUCUGUACCAGGCGUGUUGGUUUUUGAGUUCCGCGGCCCAUUGGUCUUUGCCAGCGCUGAAUGGUUCGAGGAGGAGGUGGAGCGUAAACGUCUCCAAGCAGAGGUCAAGGUGAAAUUCAUUAUUCUUUGUAUGGGUGCGGUGCCUAGCGUUGACUAUUCAGCUCUCAACAUGUUGCGUGGUCUCCUCAGCGAGUGGCGUAGCAAAGAUCUACACUGCCUGGUGGCUGAAGCCAACUCCAUGGUGCUGGAACUGCUGAGGGAACAGCUGGGACAUGAGCUUUUACAACAGUUCGCCACAAAUCACGCAGAACUGCACUUCCAGACAGAGGAGGUUUUGAGUGUCGACGAUGCCGUGAGAAUCGCAAAAAAACGCUUAGUGAACGGUAUGGGAAAACACAAGCGGGCUAUGGAUCAAUACGCUGCCCUGGCCAAACCACCAAAACAGUUAGGUAUGCUGUGCUUUUGGGCUUCGGUGCAUGGUUGCGAGGGUCAUGGGCGCUUGGACUUCUGUGCGGGAGAGAUCCCAGUGAAUCACAGUUCUCCAGUUCUCCAUAGGUCCUUCGCGGUCCUCAUGGCUAUGGCCGUCGCGGUGCCGAUGUUUGUCCCAAUGGGCGUGGCUGCUUUGCAUCCAGACAACCUGGGCUUCGUCAGAGUAGUGGCAGUUGCGCUUACGGCCCUGGUGGCUUUUGCCCUGCUUCCCUCUUUGCUCGACUGGGGCUACUAUGGCACCAAGCGGCCCCUAUGGGCGAUGGGAAAUCACUUGCUGUACAACUUCGGUGUUGGUGGCGGUGGGGCUGGUGCUGACCUCUAUGGGACCGAGCCAUGGACCUUCUAUGCGAAGAACCUUGUGCUGAAUUUCAACAUUGUAGCUUUGAUGGCUGUGCCAUCGCUGGCACUCACAUGGAAACGCUGGCGUUUGUUUCUGGCGCUCACGCCGAUGUAUGUGACUUUGGCCUUAUUCUUCAAGAUGGCGCACAAAGAGGAGCGAUUCCUGACGAUGACCUACCCCCACAUUUGUUUGGCUGCAGCUGUCACCUUGGAUUGGAUCCUCCAACGAACUGUUGGCUCAAGAUCGGCUAUAGCAACCUUUGGAGCCCUUGUUGUCGUGGCCUGCUUUUGGUGCAUAUCCUUGUCGCGGAACGCCGCCCUGUACCAUCACUUCAAGGCACCUUUGCGGAUCUAUGAAGAUUUCUACUACUCCAAUUCGUCCAGAGUGGUACCGCUUUCCAUCGAGUUUCUUCCUUCCAGAGAUGCAGGCACAGCUGAAUCACAGCUGACCUUCAGCCCUUUUUUGCAACACGAUCCGUUUGGCUGGACACCAUUCGAAUGGUUUGGCACGGAGAACCGCUCGGUCAGUUGCAGCAUCUCUGUGCCCGGCAUUGCCAUCCGAACGGAAGGGCUCGGCAGCACCAAGCAAGAUGCCAAGACGAAGGCCACGGCUGACUAUGUUCAGAUCUUGCAGAACCAUGGCCUCAUGCAGACGCCGCCCAAGAUCCAACAGAAGAAGCGGAAGGCAUCCGCACCCAGCGGCAGCGCCGCUAAGCGACACGGCCAUGCCCGUCCUGUGAGUCCAGGGCCAGUGCCAGUGGGACGGGUGCCAGCGAAACGGAUGCAGUGCAGUGACGUGAUCACGGGCAAGAUGGUGGAACUCUUGCGGGCGAAUAAACUGCAAGAUGCUGUGCAGAAAUUGCAGGAAAUGGUCAAGACAAAUCAGUUCAUGAACCUGAAACAAAUCGCCAAACUCGCCGACUCCAUCGGUAUGCGCACCAGCGAAGCAGCUUGCCGUGACUUCUUCGACGCGCUGGAGGCGCUGGAUCUGGUGGAGGCGCCUUCGGCGGCGGGGCAGAAGUACUUCGGCCGCUUCGUGCGAUGGGCGCUGAGGGAGUUCCUGGCGGAGUCCAAAAGCACCGUGGACCUGGCCAAGAACGUGCCAGGACGACAUGUGCUGGAAAGGAAUGGCAGCUGCUUGCAGGUGCUUCUGUCGCCAGGAUCCAAGGCAUCACAGCUCGUAGCGAAACCAGCAGUUCCCAGCACAAAUUGCAGCUUCCAGCGUGGCGAUUGGAUCUUGCUCACCUUUCCCCAUACAUCCCGUCCGAGUGAAGUUGCGAACAACCACUGGGGUCACCCACAACAUAUGGGUGUGACUGGUGUCAGUGCGGGAAUUUGUGCCGAAGCCGAAAUUCAGUCUACCAAUUCGCUUCCUGAAGUCUCUUUCGAAGUGAGGAUCAUGGGCGAAGCAGUGGAUGGCGUGGCAGCCAAGUUGAAAGACAAGACCUGUCGCAUGGACAAAAUUGCGAACCAUGUGACGUUGAGUCGUCAACUGGAUGCGUUGCAGAAGGUCUGCAGCGUUGAUCCUGGGAAGCAAUGGAAUGCUCAUCUCAUUGCCCACGCCAUGCGCCAAGCCAACAAUGAGAAGGACAAUCAGGAAGCAGCCUGGGUCAAGAAUCUCCUGCUGUGUGCAGAUUCCCCGCAUGCCGGGAAAGAACCAGACCUCGCUGCGGAAGAAGUGGCCUUUUCCUUAUCCCCUCACAACCCACUGUUGCUCGAAGCCAAUGAGUCGCAACGUCAUGCCUUACUCUCAGCCUGUGGGCGACAGUUGACUCUGAUCCAGGGGCCACCAGGAACAGGUAAGACCACCACAGCUCUACUGCUGGUGCGUGCCUGGGUCUUUUCCAACAAGCGCCCCGUGCUGUGUGCGGCAGAUAGCAACAUCGCUGUGGACAACCUGGUGGACGGCUGUGCCAAGGCCCGUCUGCAUGUGGUCAGAGUGGGAAGACCCGAGGCCACUCGAAUGGACUUGGAGCAAUACAACUUGCUGGAAAUGGUGAAGCUCGACAGGAAUAGGAAGGGAAUGGAUCCCAAGACGCAGUUUGGCCGACAGAAGCAGAUCCUCAGCGAAGCUGAUGUGGUGUGUAGCACCUGUUCGGGCGCAGAUCAUCCAUUGAUCCAACACAUGACCUUUGUGCGGGUGUUAUUGGAUGAGGCAGCUCAGGCUACCGAACUGUCCUCCUUGGUGCCCUUGAUGAAAAUGAAACCUGAAGCUUGUGUGACCCUGGUGGGUGAUCACCGGCAGCUGCCUCCAACCAUCAGCAACGUCCAGGUGGACGUGGAAGGUUUCGGCACUUCCCUGUUCGAACGCAUGGCGGGGCAGGGAGUUCAACCUUAUCUGCUGAACAUCCAAUAUCGGAUGCAUCCAUGCAUCUCUGCCUUUCCUUCUUCCAUGUACUAUGACGGGCAGAUCCGUUCUGGCAUUGCUGGCGCCUCACGAAGACCGCCGCAGGGGAUCGCAUGGCCUGCCCCGGAAGUUCCGGUGACCUUCCUACCAGUGGCCGGUCAAGAGCUUUCUGAAGGCACCUCUUGGAGUAACAAAUCAGAGGUUGAAGCUGUGCAAGAGCUGCUGAAGAGCCUAUGUGCGUGGGAUGACAUCAGUCAAGAGGAGGUUGGCAUCAUCACGCCCUACGCGGCCCAAGCCCGCUUGCUGCGGCGAACACUUGGCUGCCCUGCGCCGGGCAAACGCGGCACGGGCGGGAUGACCGUGGAGGUGAGCAGCGUGGAUGGCUUCCAAGGUCGAGAGAAGGAUGUGAUCAUCGUAAGCACCGUGCGGGCCAACUCCAGAGGCAGCGUAGGCUUCGUGGGUGAUCCUCGGCGACUGAACGUCACCCUGACCCGCGCCAAGAGGGGCUUAGUGGUGGUUGGCUGUUUCGAGACUUUGUCCCAUGACCAGAAUGGCUGGGGACCAUGGUUGCACUGGGCACAGGAACGUGGACUUGUGGCAGGCUGCUCAGCCACAGCGCCAGAGGCGGCAGAGGUCCGGCACAGCUGUUGGAUUCCCCAGUAA